GCACAGCACGAGCACCUGAUCACCUUGUUCGGACCUUCGCCAAUGCUGCCUCAGAGGUUAGACAAGCGCCUAUGCUUCGCCUAUUUCAGUUCCAUAGCCGCAUCAUCUUCCUCCGCUCUGUCCCAUCGGCGCCUGCACCUCCUGCCCUACCGGAGCCAUGCCACGCCCACCAGCUUCUCGGCGAAAUGCGCCGCCGGUUGUCGGCCCGGCCCUGCUGCGCAGCAAGACGACGCAGGGCCGGGAUAUCGCCUCCCUCCAAAGGAAAUCCAGGAAAUCAUGGACGUGCCGCCGAAUCCAAGUUACUAUGUCUCCCCUCGCCGAGAUAGGAUCAUGUUCCUGAAACGUAGAGCUAUGCCUCCAUUGUCCGAGCUUGCAAAGCCUGAUAAAGUACUCGCUGGUAUACGGAUCGAUCCCAGUUCUAACGCGAGGAGUCGAAUGUCCUUUUAUACUGGGAUUAGUGUCCAUUUGCUGAUGGAUGAUGGAAGUUUGGGUCCAGAGAAAGUGGUCCAUGGGUACCCAGAUGGUGCAAAGAUUAAUUUCAUAACAUGGUCACCAGAUGGUCAGCACAUGGCCUUCACUGUGCACUAUGGAGAUGAGGUGAGCAAUGGUAGCAAUUUAGCAUUGUGGGUCGCUGAUGCUGAAUCUGGACAAGCUCGUCCACUUUUCAAAUCAACAGACAUAAGACUGAAUGCUAUUUUUGAGCUAUUUGUCUGGGUGGAUAAUUCCACUCUGUUGGUUUGCACUGUUCCUUCAUCACGUGUCGAUUCACCAAAGAAGCCAUUGAUUCCUUUUGGUCCAAGGAUUCGUUCCAAUGAGCAGAAAAAUGUCAUCCGGAUGAGAGCCACGAAAGAAAUGAUGAAAGAUUUGCAUGAGGAAGAAUUGUUCAAUUACUAUGCAACCUCUCAGUUAGUACUGGUCUCGUUGGAUGGGAUAGUGAUGCCGGUAGCCUCCCCUGCUAUAUAUGUUUCUCUUAAUCCUUCACCAGAUGAGAAGUACUUGAUGCUCACCUCUGUUCACCAGCCAUAUUCUUCUAUAGUCUCGUAUAAAAGGUUCCCUAUGAAGGUUGAGUUGUGGACAGUUGAUGGUAGAUUUGUCCGUGAAGUUUGUGAUCUACCCCUUGCUGAGAAUAUUCCAAUUGUACCUAACAGCGUCCGUAAGGGAAAACGUUUAAUCAGGUGGAGGCCUGACAUGCCUUCAACAUUUUAUUGGGUGGAGGCACAAGAUGGAGGAGAUGCAAACGUUGAAGUCUCACCACGUGAUAUAGUUUACAUGGAACCUGCUGAGCCUUUAAAUGACGAGAAACCUCAAGUUCUACUUAAACUUGACCUUCGGUACAGAAAGAUCUCUUGGUGCUAUGGAUUGCACGCACUGGUCUAUGAAUAUUGGCACAAGACACGCAGAACAAGAACAUGGGUUAUCUCUCCUGACUGCAAAGAGUUUAGCCCACGAUUAUUAUUCGAUAGAUCUUCCGAAGAUGCCUACUCAAGUCCAGGUUCUCCAAUGAUGUGCAGAACUCGUGCAGGCACCCUCGUCAUUGCAAAAAUUAAGACAAGUGAAGAGACCUACAUCUUAAUGAAGGGACUGGGUGCCACGCCAAAAGGAAGCGUCCCUUUCCUUGAUCUCUUGAAUAUAACUACGGGAACGAAAGAGCGGAUAUGGGAAAGUGGCAAAGAGAAGUACUAUGAAUCUGUUCUUGCACUGAUGUCAUAUUGUCCUGAAUGUGAAAUCCAGCUAAAUCAACUAAAAUUACUUAUAUCAAAAGAGUCAAGAAGUGAAGCUACCCAAUAUUAUCUUAGUAUUUGGCCAGAUAAGACAGAAGUCCAGUUAACAAGUUACCCCCAUCCAUAUCCUCAGCUGGCAUCGUUGCAGAAAGAAAUAAUCAGAUACAAGCGGGAAGAUGGCGUUAAACUUACUGCUACAUUAUAUAUGCCUCCAGGCUAUAAUCCAUCAAAAGAUGGGCCUCUUCCAUGCUUGAUUUGGUCUUAUCCUGGAGAGUUUAAAAGCAGAGAGGCUGCUGGGCAAGUCCGCCGUUCAGCCAAUAAAUUUGCACGCAUUAACAACAAGUUUCCUCUUCUUUGGUUAGCUAGAGGGUUUGUUAUUUUGGCUGACCCGACAAUCCCCAUAAUUGGUGAAGGAGACCAAGAGGCGAAUGAUAGGUACAUCGAGCAGCUAAUUGCUAGUGCGGAAGCAGCAGUAAAUGAAGUUGUAAGAAGAGGGGUUGCUCACCGUGACAAAAUUGCUGUGGGUGGUCAUUCAUACGGUGCAUUUAUGACUGCUAACCUCUUGGCACAUGCACCUCACCUUUUCUGCUGUGGAAUCGCACGUUCAGGAGCCUACAACAGGACACUGACUCCAUUUGGCUUUCAGAAAGAGGUGAGGACACUCUGGGAGGCUACCGAUACCUAUAUUAAGAUGAGCCCCUUCAUUUUAGCUAACACAAUCAAGAAACCAAUUCUACUGAUUCACGGAGAAGAAGACAGCAAAGUAACAACAGCAAUGCAGUCAAGUCAAUUUUACGAUGCUUUGAAACGGCAUGGAGCGCCAUGCCGUCUGGUGAUUCUCCCAUUCGAGGGUCACCGAUACACUGCAAGGGAGAGCAUUAUGCAUGUAAUUUGGGAGACUGAUAGGUGGCUGCAGAAAUAUUGUGCAAGUAACUAAAGGAGCACCCAGGUUGAGGAGUCCAGUGUUGAGAAGACAACACAAUCAGCCUUUGAAGCCUUAACGUUGAACUUCGCCAAGAUAUCUAGUUUGGU